AGGAUGGUAAACAACGUCAGCUGAGACUCGCGGCUCCUUCCUCUUCCCCCUUUUUUUCAUUUUUUUUGACAAGAUGGAGAAAAACGUGCUGAAGAACGUCCAGGUUUGCACAGACACCAGUGACUGCGUCGAGCUGUCCCGCACGUCUGGCCUGUACCUCAAGCCCGAGGCGAGGGUCAGCAUCACAGUCACGCUCCCGCAGCUCAAGUCGGGGCAGUCCAUAUCGAAUUGGGAGGUCAUGGAGAAGCUGCGCUCUGCCAUUCUGCCGGAAGUGUUCACGGUUAUCAAGGUGACCAAGAGCACGCUCGAGUUCCUGAGAUUCGAUGCGGAAAUUGAGAACCGAAAGAAUCUCCCUCAAGUCAUCAGUAAAAUUGACCAGAAAGGCAUCAAGCUGAGUGGGUUCUCCGACCUCUUGAAGAUCAGAGCGACGGAGGCCAAGGCCCCCUUCCCCUCACGCCAUGACUGGGACAGCUACUUCAGGGACGCAAAGCACAUGAAUGAGAUGAAGCCAGGAGAGAGACCAGAUACAGUGCACUUCCAGGACCUUCCAUGCCGCUGGUUUGCACAUAUCAACGAUGCCGACACCAACAAGCCCAGCGAUUAUGUCCUCAGCAAAGUGAUGGCUUCCUUUGGGGAGAUCAGAGCGGUGGACAUCCCCCUCUGCGACCCGUACCGCAAGAAAAUGUCAGCCUCUAUCAAUGGUAUCAAGACCUUCAGCUUUGGUCAGGACUUGGUGUUUGAGGCUUAUGUGCAAUUCAAGGAGUACAUAGGCUUUGCCAAGUGUAUGCAUGCAUUGCAGGGCAAGAAGCUAGUCUUCCUUGAAGGGGACAAGGCAUGGAGUGCAACCAUAAAGGUGGACUUUGACAAGACCAAGCACCUGUCAGAGUACUCAAUCAAAAAACGCUCAGCUGAACGAGAAAAGCUACAGGCCGUAGAGCGUGAAGCUGAGGAAAAGCUGAUGAGAUUGGAGGAGGAAAGGAGGAUGAAGGAGGAACGCAAAGAAGCAAAAAAGAAGGAGAAAGAAUAUCGAAGGAAGGAGAGAGAGGAAAAGAGACGGAAGAAAAGGUUGAUGAAAGUGGAAGAGAAGAUAAAGAAGCAGGAAGAGGAAGAGGAAGCAAAACUCGCCAGGAAGAUUGCUUUGGAGGAGCGCAAGCUGCUAAUCGCCCAACGCAAACUGGAGAGCAUUCGACUCUUGGAUGAGCUUUUUGAGAGAAUUAAGGUUGGACGUCAGAAGGAGAUCGCCCAGAAGAGGGAGGAGGAGAUAUUCCGGCAUUUGGAUGAACACAACAAGAAGCAGGUGGAGGAGUUGAAGGAAAAAGAGCUGAAGGAACGCAGACACCAGGAGAAGCUGGCAGACCAAGAGCGAAUGCUGCGUGACAAGCUUGUCCGCUCGUACAAGUCCAGAGAGGAGGACCGGAUGGAACAGCAGCGUGAGAAAGUGCGCAAGGCUGUUCAGGGAAAGGUGCAGCUCCAGAGUGUCAUAUCAGCUGCAUCACUGUCCUCCAUCUCGACUGCCACAUCAGAGAGCGAUAGUGACUCUUCCUCUGAGUCUUCAGAUUCCUCGGCAUCUUCAGAAACAAAACAGGGCAAGCUGUCCACGGGUCGUCUUCGAAUGGAUCACAUGGAUGAAGAGGAGCAAUAUGAUGAGUAUGGGGCCUGGCACCAUUCCCAGGGCUCCCAGCACCACUACUACUCUUACUACGAGGGCUAUGGUGACUCAGAGGGCCACCCAUCUUGGGGCCAGGAUGAGGGUUUUGACCGUGGCAGGGGACGUGGAAGAGGCAGGUGGCGGUUCCCUAGAGGUCCGUGGAGAGGCCGCGGGUUCAGGGACCGAGGCAGGGGAUUCCGGGAUAGAGGUAGAUCCUUUAGGGGUUCUUGGAGCAAGUAUGGUCAGGAAAGGGAUGGGGCCAAACCACUGGAAGUUAACAAGCCUGUAACAACCUGGUACAAGAGAGGAAGUGACAACGAGCGUGAUGACAGUCGAUCCCAUUCCCGCUCAAAGUCUGGAUCAAAAAGCAGGAGCAGGAGCAGGAGCAGAAGACGUAGACACUCUAGCAGUGACGACAGGUCAAGCCGCUCCUCUAGAAGAAGGUACAAGCGAAGAAGUGAGCGCUACAGGAGGAGCAGCAGUAGGAAGAAAGAUGAAGAUAAGGAUGUAAAUUAUGAAGACCUAAGAGAAAGUGACCUGGAACUCUCCAGUGAUCCAGAAGAUGCCUGGAGAUAUGAAGAGGAAUAUGAGGAGGAUGAAGAGUAUUACGAAGAUGAAAAUGGGUACUACCCCCAGUAUCCCUCCCGUGCACGUGGUCGGGGAGGAUACAGAGGAUUCAGAAGGGGCUUCCGGGGACGGUGGCCCAGGUGGCGUGGGAGGGGGCGUGGAAGGGGUUAUUCCAGCUACUAUGACUACCCUGAGGAUUAUGAUUCUUGGAGGCAUGAUGAAGUUAGCACAAGGGACCAGUACCAAACCAUGUACCAGAAGUACUUUGAGAGUGUGGCUGACCGUGAAUCCUCCAGCAAGAGUGGACGUCCCCCAGAGGAGUAUGAUAAUAGGAAGGAGGGUGAUAACUAUCGGGAGAGAGAGGAAGGCCACAGGAGUAUGCACAAGGAGCGGGAACAGCCACAAGAAGACUAUGAAAGCAAUCACAGAGGCCAUCAUGAGUACAGUGAGGGGAGGAAUCCAGACAGACUAAGAACUCAGGACAGCUGGCCUAAUUUUGAGAAGAAAUGGAAGCAUGGUGCAGAGGCAAAGUCGGAAGAUAGGGAUAAUUACAACGAAACAAGCAGAAAGGCCCAAGCAUUUAACAGGGAGUUAAUGGACUCUGUACGUGGAAGGCGAGAGCCAGAGAGUAUGAGAGAACCAGAGGAUGUGGAAAGCCGGAGACAUGGUGAAAGAGAAAACUUGAGACAAAGGCUCAGCAGGGAGAGAACAAAACCCUACAGAGAAGAGAGAGACAAUAACAGAAAGGACCAUACAGUGAGAGAGAGUCUGCAGGAUAGCCGACGAGAUCGCAGCUAUGAGAGAGAUGGACAGAUAUCAAGUGCGAUUGUCAAAAGCAGUGGCAGUGAAAGGAGAUAUGGUGAUAAGUCUGUUUAUGAAAAAGAACGAGACAAAGACCGUAAUGGUGACAGUAAAUUGACUCUCGGUGGAAGAACCAAGUGCUAAGAGCGGACAUUGAGAGAGAUAGGAAACGAGAAGUUUCUGUGAAAGAUAGAUUGAGUUUUGGAAAUGUGAAAAGCAAUAGUGAUACUGAUCGCAUUAAUAAUAGGUUGAAAUCAAUUGCUGAACAAGGUGCCUUUAAGCAUAAACAGGUGGACAUUGAGACUAGGGGUGCACGUGAUACAGAGCGCAGGGACCUGAGACCCUGGCAUAAUACUGACUCAAGUGAAAGUAGACGGGAUUCAAAGCCCAGUGAUCCUAGAAGUAGGCGUGACAUUUUGUAUAACAGUGGUAGAGACAGGCAUGAGACUGACCAUGGGGGAAGUAAAGAGAGAGGGGAUGAAGUUGGCGAAAGUAGGAAGAGACGGGAUCACGAGAGAGUUUCCGUGAGGGAAAGUUCUGAAAGGGAUGAAGAGUCAAACGAAAGUGAUUCUGAUAGAAAGAGGCACCACAGUGAU